UGACAGACAGUCUUGAUUGUCGUGUUUCAAACCAAUAUUGCGAAAUGAAAAUACGCGCACUGUGAAUUGUGAUCGAUUAAAGCUACAGUGAGAAGAAAAUAGUGAAAUUGUUACAAAUACUAUGUUCCUCUAAUAAAGUACAAGAAAAAUAAACCUCAAAAUGGCCAAGGAGAUGAUGAUAGUAUUUGUGUAUGACAUGGAGUGCUGUACGUCGGAGGAGGACGAUCCAGCGGAGGCCGUGCUGUACUUCCACCCCGGCUGGGUGUCCGACACACAACGGCAUGCUCUGGCUGGACAGGUGGUGGGCGCGGCGCACUGCGUCAAGUCACUGUUCGCACCGCCCGCCGCCAUCACGCUGCAGAGCGGCAAGUUCAUACUGCGAGAGUACGGACGAUAUAUACUAGCGAUAGGCAGCGACCGCAACAUACCCGACUGGGUGCUGAAGAACCGCGCGAGCCUCCUCACGUCCAUGAUCAAGGUGUACCACGGCGACAUCCAGACGGUGGCAGCGGCCAUGGAGGACCGGAAACGGCUGGCGGAGAAGCUGUACCAGAUCUUCGAGACGUAUCUGCCGGUGCUGCAGUACGGCUGCCACAUAUUCCAGCGGGUGCCGAUGCUGACGCUGCCUAAGAGUGCCACAUCAGUAUAUUUGGAGGCGAUGCAAGUGCUGGAGCAGUGUCGCCGCAACCCCGGCGUGCUGGGGGGAGUCAUACUGUAUAACAACAAAAUAAUCGCUACACAACUCCCGCCGUCAAUCACCUCCUACCUCACCGUAGUGGACCCCUACCGCAUCAAGUCGCCGGCGGAGGUGUUCGCUACGGCCGCGCCCGUGCCGCUCGGCGCGCAGCUGCUGGCGGUGUACGUGCCGCGGUCCGCGCACGCCAGGCUGAAGCGACACGCGGAUAGGCUGAGGGAGUUCUAUGUAAGGGGGGAGGAGGUCAUCGCUAGGUUUAAAAAGAUGCAAGAAGAGAAGGAACGUGAAAAAAUGCGCGACUUCCCCCAAACCGGUAUGAAGAGAGACAAAUCUUUGCUGUUUACGGCUGUACCCGAGGAGGACCACAACCUCAUCUCUCCUCCAAACAAAGAGGAGGCAGAUCAGAAGAGAAUGCCCGACGUCGUACCGUUCGCCAACAAACCCCGACCGAGACCCAACAAGCUAUCCCUGGGCUUCAAGACGCAGAAAUCCUUGGACGAGGACGCGAAAGACGAAACAGUAUUCACCGGACAGACCAGCGUGUGCUCCACGCCGAUGGUGGAAUUCAAACGGUUACAUGGAAACGUGCUAUCCAUAUGCGAGAAUAAGGACACUGAAGUCAAAACAGAAUUCGAGCCAGAUGUAGUAAAGAAUAUGGAAAACCCGACCACCGAGAAACGCGAUACCAGAACUGUAUUAGACGGGGACUGUAUAGCUGACCACUUUAUCAACAAACCGGACCCGAUAAGAAAGUUGGCCAGCGUCACAGACCUUCAGGAGACGUUCAGAAAGUUGACGAACAGUGCGUCCACGGUCAAGUUAAAAGGAUCCAAAGAUUCGUCACCGGAACAAAAGAAUAACACGAUGACUAUCAACGAUCCCCUAUUCCCGGUGUUCAGAAACGACGGCGUCGCGAUUUCAGAGUCCCUCUUCAACCAGUACCUCGCUCAGUAUUACUCCGGCAUCAAGCAGAGAAAGGAAGAUAACAUGUUCAACUUCAACCUGAAGUUGUGCGAGCUGGACAAGUUCCAAGACUUCGACUCGGAUCUCAACAAGAGCCCGCAGAAAACGCCCAAGAGAAUCGCAAAGGACUCGACGAAAACGCUCUCCAACGAUCAGUCGAGGCGGAAAUCUCUAUCUUUGCCCCUUAAAUCGCUCUCGGAAUGCACCGACUCCGCGAUAACUGAUUCGGAUACGGUUAGUUUUAAGAAGAAGCUGUCGGGAGUGCAACUGACUCCGCUCAUGGAGAAGUUGAGUCACCUGGCGUUCUCGGACAAGUCGAGCGGCUACAGCAGUCGCGUGAUGACGCCGCUCGAGCUGAGAGAGUUCCUCACGCCCGCCUUAGAGAAACAAGUCACGUUCUCUGACAGGACGAGGCGUCGUUCGGAGAGUUCAGACAGCGACAGCGAGUCGGACUCGGACAGCGAUCUGAGCGAGUACGGCGCGCGCGCGGAGAAGUGUGCGUUGUUCGUGAGCGGGCUGCACAGUAUGGCGCUGUUAGCGCUACUGGAGCCCGGCGCAGCUGACGAUCCCAGUGUUUUGGAGGCCCUUUGGGAGACAUCGCUCAACUCUCUCGGGCCAAUCGAGCAGCGGUGCGCGGAGGUGGCGAGCGGGGGCGGGGAGCCGGCGGACUACAGCUACCUCGUGCUGGACCCGGACUGGGGGACGGUGAAGAAGGGCGGGCCGUGGGCGGCGCCCGACAUCGCCGACAUGGGCUACAUACAUCACGCCUUCGAGGAGGACCCCGAACUCACCGAGUUCAUACUCAGGAGUGACACGGGCGUGGUUGUUGGCGGUAUGUGCGGUCGGGCUCAGGUGUACUACCACGAGAGCGGGGCCCGCGCGCCCGGCCCCCCCGCGCCCUCGGACCUGCUCGCCGCCGCCCCGCUGCGCGCGCGACGACGCUUGCACAGGGACCACGCUGCGUUCCUCUUGUAAACUGUACAGAUCUCAACAAUAUCGCCUCCCUGUACAAAAUGAAGAAAAAAAAACCCGCCGCCGUAAAGAUAAGAAAUAAUUCGAAGAUGGAAUAUCGACUCAACAGAAAGACGUGUCGCGUUAUACUAUGAUAAACGAUAAAACAGAGGAAACAUAAUAAUACUAUCUUCCUGUACCUAAACUCCCGCCAUAUAGAUAGUGAGAGAAUACAUCACCGAAUAGAUGCACAACACAGCCCAAGGGACGUGUCGUAACGUAAACUACGAUCGGUGAUUUAAAAAAUACAGUUUUCCUAAAUAAUUGUAAUGUGACUUAAAUAAUUCGAAGAUGGAUUAUGGACGAUAACAACUCAGAGAAUGUGCAGCGUUUCUACUGUAAACUAUGAUACAACAGAAUAAGUAUUUAUGCAAAAAGAAACUCCUGGCGUAUACUCAGUGACAUGUGAAAUUAUAGUUGAACAUGGACUAUGAAUGGUAACACAGCACAGAACUAUUCCUGCUGUAAACUUAUUAAAAAGCACGAUCAUAAUAUUAUAUGGAACAGACCUUGUAAAUAUCUAUAAUACAGUAUUAUUGAGUUUGAGUUAUGAAAUUAUCUAUGUAUUACAGUUGCGACUGUAAUACACAAAUCAUAUUUUCAUAACUCUUGAUUCUCUUAUUAAACUCAGAUUCUUCUAUCCCUAGAAAAUUUGAGCCAAAAAGUGAAUAACAAUAAUAUCAAAUGUGUGUCUUUGAUAAAUAUUGACUUUUAAAGUUGAGGGUGCUUGAUUAGAAGAAAUGGGCGCAUAGUUUGGAAUAAAUGUGCUUACUAGACUCAUGAAGACUACAGCUUUUAAGUUCGGUGGUCGAUCAAUUAUUUAGAUUUAGUAUUUAGAAGGCGCUGCAGAAGUCAUUGGCCAUAAUAACUGCAAUUAUUGAAACUGAAUCAAAGCGGUUGAGUAAUAAUUGCUUGGAUGUUUUAUGCAAACAUGGUAAAGAAGACAAACCGAAAAUUAAUGUGGCUGAAUAGUAGAUCUUUAAAUUAACAAUAGUUUAGAUUCUUGCAGGAAUUGUAUAAAAUAUUGUUUGUAAUCAAUAAUCAUGGUACUGUAGAAUUUUUGAUAUGGACGUCUGACGUCCUCAAGUGUUAAGAAUACAUUGAAUAUUAGCAGUAGUUUAGAAUAUACUGGACAAUUUUAAUCAGUAGUAAUAUUACAAAACGGAUUAAAUAUUUUUAACAGUGCACAUUUGUAGAAAAUUGUAACAGUACAUAUCUCUCGAGUCCAUGUUUUGAAAAAAAUUAAAUUUAAAUUUUAUU